AUGUCGACGGUCAUCUCUUGCUCCCUCCUGAGCGGCCGGCCGGCGGACGCACCAUCGCGCUCCUCCGGCAAUCGGGCUCCUCCGACGACGGGGAAGGCUGCCGCGGUUUCUCUCUCUAGUUUCCAGCGGCAGUCCAGGCCCUCCUCCGUGUGCUGUGCAAGCAACCCAAAAGGGGAUCAGCACGUACCAAAGACGGAUUUGCCGCCGUUCGGCAUCUCCCCCGUCGCUCUGCUGCACCCCGGGUCGCCGCAGGGGGAGCGGUGGGGGAUACAUGAGAGGGCCGACAACGUGAGCAUGUGGUUCGAGGUGCCGGGCCUGUCCAAGGAGGACCUCCUCGUGGAGCUGGACGAGGACGUCCUCGUCAUACGGAAGAUGAAGACCAAGGCGGAGAUAGAGGCUGCGACGGCAGACGCUGUCGCCAGCGGUAGCUCCAAGGACGCGGCCGGAGCGGCAGCGCACGACGGUGACAUGUACGCGCGGCUACUCGUCCCGGCGGGCUACAACAAGGAGACCAUCAAGGCGGAGCUCGCCUCCGGCGUUCUGAAGGUUCACAUUCGUAAAGUCAUGGAGUGCGCACGCAGGAGGAUCAAUGUCAACAUCGACGUCAAGUAG